CUGACUUUUUUGGUAUCUAAAGAUUCAAAUUUCCAUAUUCUCAAGUCCCUACAUUUCCAAAUUUCUAUAAUCAAGUUUUCGAAAACCACAGGGUAUAUUUGUUUCGCGCCAUGAAAUCAUACAUGCGCAAGCGCGUAAUCCUUAGUACCAAGGGUAUCUGAACCAAUCAGAAGUGACAUGCGCAAACCGAAUAAAAACUUGUUGUUCAAAGAGUAUGAUCUUUGGUGGAACGAGUGUAUAUACAAGUUUUGUCGCGUUAGAAAAAUUUCGACGCUGUUUAUAUGCAUUAAAUUGAUACUGUUAUCAGUGAACGUGCCGCGAACAUAAACAAACUGUUUCACGCGCUAUUUUCAACGUUCUGCGUUAUUUUCGUUUCAUUUAUCUUCAAUCCGUAGUAGUUAGCAUGUCUACCACCGUCGGGGUUUGUUUUCGUGCGACCAGACGGUUUGCUGUAACUGUAAUUAUGUGUCCUCGUAUACACGGUUCUAUUUACUUAACGUGUCCAAACGGUGGUUCGUCGUAGAGAUUUUUCUCACAAAUUUCGACGACAUGGGGAUACGCGGGUUACGAAUCGUACGCAUAGUGCCGUGACCAAGUUUUAUUUACAUGCAGACUAAAGUUGACGAGUAUAAACAUGGCCGUCGCGCUUUGUGAUGAUUACUCGUGCCAGUUUGAAUUCGAGAAAGCACGGAGAGAAUGAAAAUAAUGGAUGGAACGCGUAUAGCUGAGAUAUCCAGCCUCGAUAAUAUCGUCGGAAAUGGGUGAAAAAAGUUUCAAGCAUUGAAACGUAUCCAUUUAAAAGGCGCUUCCGAAUCAAUGCAGUACACUUUCUAGGCUGUGUUGUCUGGGUGAGCAAUGAAUGUAUUCCGAAUUUUGACACCGUGUGUAUUGCAACGUAGACGACCAAAGGAGGCAGAUAAUUCCGAUAAAAGGGAUUGCUGGUUCGUGAAAAGACGGCGUGGAGAUGCUUCCUACAUGAUACAUAGAAUGGGUGCUUCUGCAUCGUCAAGCAUCACCAAUGUAGGUGGAGAUUCGGUCCAAACUGCUAGACUCUCAUCCUCCGGUAAUCCUCCUGAUCAACAUGGCAUUGCUAUCAGGGAAAAGAAGAAGAAAAUGACGGGGUUCGCGACGUUACGGAAGAAAUUCACUCGAAGACGUCGUUCUUCGAAGGCCUGCGACCACGGCAGGAUAAUCCGCGAUUUGGUCUCAACGUGGAGCCACUUAGAAGCAACCGCGCUCUUGGAGGAAUACGAGGCGCUGGCUGCGUUAAAGGAUCUUCAUGUGCAAGCCGAAUUAGCUAGACCACCAGCUGCCACGUACAAACAAGAUUUGUCCAAGUUGUAUGAUUACAAACAUUGUUCUGACGUGGACCUCGUUUAUCGUGGAGCCUGCUUUCCCGUUCACAGGGCUCUGUUGUCUGCGCGUUGUCCAUACUUCAGGGACUUACUAGCUGGUUGUCCGGGGUAUGGUGCUAGGAUAUGUCUGGAACUGAGAACACCGAAUCUCGAAGUACAAAUGUUUUCGGCAUUGCUGCGUUAUCUCUACACUGGUGAUAUUUGUCCACACGAUGCAGCUUUGGAGGCGAAUCUCUUGCGACGACUGGGAGAGGAAUUCGGCACACCGAAUCCGCUGGAACACGAUCUCAGAUACUUGCUCGAUACCGGUGAUUACGCGGACGCCGCGUUAGUGUUCACGUCGGACAGUGAUUACCAGAGACCAGAUAGUGGAAGUUCAGAAUACGGAUUCCGGCCAAAGUUAGAACUGCCAUGUCAUAAAGCGAUACUUUCUGCGAGAUCCCCGUUCUUCAGGAACUUAAUACAAAGACGGACUAGAUCAGGGGAAGAUCACACAGAAAGAGCGCUUCAUAUACCUACUAGAAUAGUUUUGGACGAGAGUGUAAUACCCAAACGAUACGCCAGAGUAUUAUUACAUGCAGUGUAUUUAGAUACCGUUGAUUUAUCGUUAAUAAUGAGAGGUAAUGGUUGCGGGAACAGCGCUGGUAGUCUUGGAGAGGUUCAAGCUCUUACACACACUGGACGGGUUCGACCAAGUCCCUUAGAAGAAGCAAUGGAAUUGUACCAAAUUGGCCGGUUUUUGGAGUUAGAUAUAUUGUCACAGGGUUGUGAAGAUCUUAUUUUGGAAUACCUUACAUUGGAAUCGCUUCCGGCUGUUUUAAAGUGGGGCAGUCAGCCUCAUGGUUCUGCAUGGGUACACAGACAAGCAUUGCAUUAUUUGAGGGAGGAAUUCCAACCGGUCGCCUCUUCUUCUAUUCUUCAUCAAUUGGAUCACGCACAUUUAGCGAACGUUUUGCAAAGCCAUUUUUUGCAAGCGAGCGAACUUGAAAUACUGCAGGCAGUACUCAAGUGGGGGGAACAAGAAUUGGUGCGCCGAAUGGAGGAUCGGGAACCAAAUUUGCUCAGUCAUACAGUACAUUCUGUGACCAGAAAAGGGCUGAAGAAAAGAGAUUUAAGUGACAUAGAGCUGCGAGAGAUACUUAGUGAACUUUUACCGCUUGUCAGAAUGGAUCACAUAUUACCGCCUAAUAGUGAAGCCUUGGCUCAGGCUAUUAGAAGAGGAUUAGUUUCAACUCCACCGAGUCAUAUGAUAGGGGAUGAAAGGGAGAAUUUACGCAUGAAUGCUUGGAUAAGGGGAGGAAAGAAAAAUGGAUUUUUUGUGAGGCCGCGCCUAUUCAUGCCUUAUUACGAAGAAAUUAAGUCUUUAGUCGAGGAACAAAUGGUCCAAGAAGCAGAUUUAGUAAGAUUACGAAGGCCGCGAUAUGUGGCAGAUAUUCCCGAUGCCUUGUACAUGGUUGACGAGAAACCAAGACCAAUGGGUACAGCAGGCGUAGACGUUCUUGCUGCAGCGUUUCCAGUUCCAGAUUCAGCGACUUUGGCAGCUAUGUUGAAACGAGAACAGAAAUUAAGGCAGUCACCCAGUUGUCAGAGGGCUAUUAGUUUACCACUCUCCUCUCGUCAUGAAAUCAACAGGCAGGUGCGAUUACGUGUUGUUAGGGAGUUCAAUCUACCGGACACGGUUGCAGAUCUCCUGGAGAACACGGCCGCGUACAGCAUAAAGGAACAGAACGAGAGGUUGACCGAUAUCGAAGACAUGGAUUCACCAGGAAUCGGGAUCACCACAAGAACAGUUCCUCCAUUGUGUUACGGAAGAAACAUGACAUUCCCGCGGCCAGCCUCGUCUUGCGCCCACAGACACGAGCUUCCGGCCAUAGUCACCGAGGGUGAAAGCUGUAGGCUUCUUGCGGAGCAACAAGAGAACAACUCCUGUAGCGAUGGACAACUGUCAGGUGUGAUGCCAGACGUGGCUAUGGCGACAGCCUCUUUCGGAGCUCUUCAGCUGAUAGAGGAACAAGAGUUAGAGCUAGAUCUGGGUGAUGGAACAUCUCAUCUUCUACAGCACGUUUCACCAUCAAGCGGGACCAUGGGUUCCCAUAGGUCAUCGCUUCCUCAUCCACAUCAGAGGCACUAUUCUGGUCCGCCUCCUCCACCGUACAUGUACCACCGAGCUGGCACUGCCUUACCAAGAUUUAUUUAAGAUUUCUAUGAAAUAAGGACUGUAUGGCAACUAUUAAAACCCUGAAAGGGUGGUUUUUUUGUUUAUUUUAUGAAUUAAAGGAGAACCACCCGGGUGCAGUCUUCGUAUAUCCUUAAUAUUUAUUAUCUCAAGAUGGGUUUUUUAAAAUAAUAUAUUACAAGAUUUAGAAAUUAGAUACGUUAUUUAUUUUGAGAUAUACAGUGUAUUAUCAUAUUGUGUCUUAAGUUGGCAGACGGACAAGAUGUGAGUUGCUUUCAGUUGCCAACUGACACGGAGUGUACGUUAGGGUGAUGAAUGUUUCUUUUUAUAUAUUUUCAUGGGGCCUAUCAAUGUUAUCGGUAAUUAUAUUGACGAGUGAUAAUAAUUAAAUACGAGGAGAAAGAAAUUUUGUACUUUAGCAGAAUUAAAUGAAACAAUUUAGAAAACAGGGAAACUCAUUUUUCCUUUUGGUUGAUUAUUGUCACUCACUGUUGUAAUUAUUGAUGAUAUUCGUAUGCAUGCUAGUUUAAAUUAUUCAUUUUAUACGUGAUACAUUGUACAUUGCAGAAUAAUGAAUCGACGAGUCCUCUUCGAGUGCUCUGUCUUUGAAGAAGCUUCAGAUGUCAAAUAGUUCUUACAGUACGUGUCUGUAAAAGAACACCGAAAAACAUAUUGUGCAAAUGAUAACUGCCAGAAACCCCCAUUUCUUUAUUGUAAUUAGCUAAUUUUGAGAGAAACUUACGAGGAGAUGUCACGAUUAGAUUAUCGAUUUUGAUACAAUUUUUUGCGAUGAAUUUAGGGCAAAUGUUUGAUCGUUUUUGUGAAUAUUCGUUAUUUGGCAAGAUAUGCAAUAUUUAAUUUUUUACCUAGAAUAUGCGGUAUUUGAUUGUAUAAAGUACUCGAGGAGUAUCUUAUGAAGAGUAGUUAAGGGUUGAAUUUGUAAUUUUAAACGAUAUGCGAAGACGUGCACUGUCGGUGGUUCAAUCGUUAGACCACGUGUAACGUCGUCGAUGAAACUUGAAUUCUAGAGGG